AUGUCAUGUGAGAGUCCAUUCAGUCCAGUGAACGAUAGCGAACUGCCGACGCUUAUGCCUAUUCCGCAAGAGCCUAAGAUCCGCCCUCCAGAUCCCAUUGACACAGAACCGCCGGAUAAGGGAUCGCUUUUCGUUCCACCGUCCCCCUUGUCGACGAAACGCCCUUCGCCGCCUCAGUCACCACUUCGCUCUGCCGAUUUGAUCUAUGAAGACGAUGUACUUGGUCCGCAGGACAUGCUCGCCGAUGAAGAGCUCUUUACAGCAAAUCCCCAGCACAUUGCAUCCAGUUUAUUACCGAGUCCACUUCCCCUCAGUGGCGGCCUCUGCGGUUACCAACCGCCAAUACCGCAAAACACGCAUUGCCCUGUGUACCGCCGCUGUUUAGUGCGACCAGAGAUGCACGCUUCAGAUGGCGUAUGGGACGGGAACGCUUGGCAGGGCACACGCGGCGAGGACAUCCCAACGACGAUGAUCUGGGCCAGACCGGGAAUGACACCACCAGCCGAAGUUGCGGAGUUCUGGGAAAGGCUCUUGUCCAUGGUGGAUAUUGGGCAGCAGCAGCCGGAUCCGGCAUGGAUGAGCAAGUCGCGCUUCACGCAUGCAGGAUGGGAACAGUACGAUGACAACGUCAUGCGCGGCCAGGACGAUAUGUACAAGAUCCGUGAUGGGCGUGGGAACGCGAGUCGAGAUAUAUUUGCAUUGGGAGGCCUGAUCAUCAAGAGUAACCAUCGGCGGAUAGGUGACAAAGAGGAUCCCCUGGAGUGGAAAUAUGAGCGUGAUGAUUCCCGGGAGGUCAAUGUACGCGCGUUGAUUCAUCGCUAUGCGCCAUUGGUCGCGCAGCAUAUGCCUCCGCCACGUUUGUAUUUUGCGGGGUUGCUCAAGGGAAAGAAUGUGUUGGUCUUGGAACGCAUCAAGGGCACCAGCGUAGGCCGGUUGAUACCAAGGAUCAAAAGCCAUGAGCUGGAGUGGAUCCGCGAGAUUUUGCGAGCCGCUAUUAGUCUGCUUAUGAUUCCCGCCGCCAACAAUCCAGGUGUGUUUCUGAUGCAUAACGAGCUUCUGCCACACAACGUCUUUAUGAAAUUUGGCACGGUGGAUAUAUACGGCCAUCAAUCCAUCAAGUAUACGUUGGAUCCUCACGAGCCAUUGCCGACGAACCUUGGACUUGCUGGUUUGAUUGAUUGGAAAGAGCUCGUAUGGGCAGAGCCGCAAUCGUGUAUUGGAAAGCAUCAGCUGACCUUCAUGGGUGGAUGGCCCGGGGCGGAAUUGGAGUUACGGGAGAAUGCGUCGGAGGCAGAGAAGAAGACAAAGAUCUGGCAUGACUUGUACGCCGGGCUAUCCGAUGGGACAUGA